CUCUCUCUCUCUCUCUCUCUCUCUCUCCAAGUUUAUGAGAAUGAAUCCUCAGAAACCAUCUUUUUCCUCAUCAAUCUCCACGUUUACAAUCUUGUUCAAUUGUGUGAUCAGCUUACUAGUUGUAGCUAAAACCACAUCAGAUCAUGACUUUCCACACUUUGAAUCAUCAACCAGUUUCAUCAAACCUCUAGAUAACCCAAAAAACCAAACUCCACCACGGCCGCCACCACCACCAGUACCGCCCUUAUCUCCGCCGGACUGCACCGUGUGGACCAGUGCUUGUUCGGAGGAGGUACUGAGGCUGGCAAAGAACCCGGAAAACACAGAGUGGUUAAAAUCAAUCAGAAGAAGGAUUCAUGAGAACCCAGAACUUGCUUUUGAAGAAUUCGAGACGAGUAAGCUAAUUCGCCAUGAAUUGGAUAAUAUGGAAAUCAGUUACAGGUUUCCACUGGCCAAGACCGGCAUCAGAGCCAUGGUCGGAACCGGUGGACCGCCUUUCGUCGCGGUCAGGGCUGAUAUGGAUGCCCUCCCAAUUCAGGAAGCUGUUGAAUGGGAGCACAAGAGCAAAAAUGCAGGCAAAAUGCAUGCCUGCGGCCAUGACGCCCAUGUCACAAUGCUUCUGGGCGCGGCCAAGAUACUGAAAGCUCGAGAACAUCAUUUGAAGGGGACUGUGAUACUGCUCUUUCAGCCAGCAGAAGAAGCAGGGAAUGGUGCAAAAAGGAUGAUUGGAGACGGGGCUCUUGAAAACGUGGAGGCCAUAUUCGCACUUCAUGUGUCACACCAGCAUCCAACGGCUAUCAUUGGGUCGAGGUCUGGUCCUCUGCUUGCCGGCUGUGGCUUUUUCAGAGCUGUAAUUACUGGAAAAGAAGGCGGGGCGGGGAAUCCUCACCACUCUGUUGACCCUGUUUUAGCUGCCUCAUCCGCUGUAAUCAGCUUACAAGGGAUUGUGUCUCGUGAAGCAAAUCCAUUGGACUCUCAGGUGGUGUCUGUGACUUCAUUCAAUGGAGGAGAUGAUCUUGACAUAAUACCCCAUAACGUCGUCCUUGGUGGCACCUUCAGGGCUUUCUCUAACACAAGUUUUUACCACAUACUUCAAAGAAUAGAGGAGGUUAUUGUAGAACAGGCCAGGGUUUUCAGAUGCUCUGCAACAGUCGACUUCUUUGAGAAAGAGUACACUAUCUAUCCACCAACGGUCAACGAUGAAAAAAUGUAUGAACAUAUUAAAAGGGUGGCCAUUGAUUUGGUUGGUCCGACAAAUUUCGUAGUCGUACCACCAAUGAUGGGUGCAGAGGACUUCUCCUUUUAUUCAGAAGUUGUCCCUGCAGGUUUCUUCUACAUAGGCAUAAGGAAUGAAACCUUGGGUUCAACACACACAGGCCACUCUCCUCAUUUCAUGAUAGAUGAAAAUGUUCUACCGAUUGGCGCUGCCACUCACGCAACCAUCGCUGAAAGAUAUCUCAAUGAGCAUGGUUGAACCGACAAUUUUAACUGCACAGGUCAUGAAAUUUUGGUUAAUCCAGCCACAGGGGAUGGGCCGGAUGGGUAUUAUUAUAGGGGAAAAUUUUCACCUUGGUGGCGUAGAGGAAGUAUUGGAAUGCUAUUUGUUAAUGUAAUUGAAAUACUACCUCUUAAGGUAUUCAGAUGAAAGUAGUAGGUGCAUAUAGUUCAUUCUGUUCUUUUGAGGCAUAAAAUUAUAUCUCCAUAUGCUGCUGCUGGGGUACAAAAGAUUCAUUGGCUG